GAGCUGCAUCAAGCCGCCUAGCCCAGCUUUCCGUUGCCCGGCUAGGAAAAAGCUUAGAUGUGGGUCUUUAUAGUUUGUUGUUGGAGGAGACCGGGUGGCUAACAUUACAAUGUAUCUACGGCUGAGAAACCUUAGGAGCACUUGGACAUAUCUGACUACGCCUGGUCCAGUUUUACAAUGGAGCCAUCGGGAAGUGCUACAAUAGAUUCGUCGAGCAACCACACCCUGAACUCAACAGGUGGUGGUGGAGGUUGUCCAUGGGAGGUCAGCGAUAAGGCCAGACUGUGCCGCUUCCUCUGCUAUGGCUCAGAGGGAGACAUUUACACUGCCAGGGAGGAGGGUCGUGUCAGCAUGGAGAGCGCCGGAGGCCUCCUCUCUCUGCUGCAGGAGGGCCGGGGUCCUGAGGUGGUGGAGGAGAUAAAAAGGUUCACUCAGGAUGGGCGAGCUGUCAGACUCGGCCCCUCCUUCUUCGCAUUGGCUUUGUGCUCUCAGCACUCUGAGCUUAAGACGAGGCAGGCAGCUUUCAAAGCCCUGAAGGAAGUUUGUCGGGACCCUGCCCAUCUGUUUUCUUUCAUCCAGUACAAGAAGGAAUUGAAAGAGGGCAUGAAGUGUGGGAUUUGGGGACGUGCCUUGAGGAAAGCAGUAUCUGACUGGUAUAAUGAGCAAGAUGCUCUGAGUCUGGCUGCGGCUGUGACCAAAUGUAAACAGAGAGAGGGAUGGUCACACCAGGAUCUGCUCAGACUCUCUCACACCAAACCAGCUAAUGAAGCAAUUGCCUUGAUCAGCAAAUAUGUAACAAAAGGAUGGAAGGAAGUCCAGGUUGCUUACGCGGACAAAGAGAACUCAGAAGAAGUUGUCAAAGUACUUUCGUAUCUUGAAGUAGUGGAAAAGGUCAAACACAGUUGCGAUGAAACAGAGGUUAUCAAUUUAAUAGAGGAACACAAACUGGAGAGAGAACAGCUGCUGACAGACCACCUGAAAUCCAAACAGGUAUGGAGAUCACUGUUGAAGGAAAUGCCUCUCCAAUCAGUGUUGAAGAUCUUGGGUAAGAUGACGUCAAACAAAAUUCUUGAACCGGGAGGCUCAGACACACAAGCUGUAUGUGACAGAAUCCAGAGCGAGACAGCGUUAAAGAAGGCAAAGAUCCACCCUUUAAGCAUACUCUUGGCUUCAGAGAACUACAAAAGAGGCCAGGGCUACCAGGGUAAAACAAAAUGGGAACCAGACAGCAGCAUCCUCAAAGCAAUGGACUCUGCAUUUUACAAGAGUUUUAUGAAUGUGGAGCCUGUGGGUAAACGCUUCGUAGUGGCGGUAGAUGUGAGCACAUCACUGAGCAGCGUUGUCCCAGGGACGUCAAUCAGCACUGCCGUCGCUGCUGCUGCCAUUACCAUGAUUUUUGCAAGGUCAGAGGUGGACACACAAGUGCUAGCCUACUCUGAAGGAGCUUUGGUUCCAUGCACUUUGUCUGCUGACAUGACUCUCGCACAAGCAACAGUUGAACUGGUUAAGAUCCCAGGAGGGAACACAGACUGCUCCCUUCCCAUCAUAUGGGCCACAGAGAAUGGGAAAGCUGUAGAUGUGUUCAUCGUUCUGACCAACAACCCGUUGUGGUCGUUUACUGCCAGCCCAGUGGAGUCUCUACAAAAGCACAGACAGAAAUCAGGAGCCAGUUCCAAGUUGGUGAUGUGUGGACUGACUUCCACUGGACACACCAUCGCAGACACAGAAGACAGGGGUUUACUUAGCAUCUGCGGCUUCGACCUCGGAGCUUUGAGCGUCAUGCGUAGCAUAGCCCAGGAUCUGAUCUGAUUAAAUACUGGGACUUGGGUCUUGGAAUCAUGUGGUUAGAGUACAAAAAGGAGGCACAAAGUGGACCAAUGUGGCUCACUUAGCAUGUAGAGUGCCCUAAAACAGCACUAAUCCAAAAGAUGUUGACAUUUACAAUUCCAAUUUCUCUUUUUGUAUUAUGUCGCUUACAGGUCAAUUGACAAAGUGUCCAGCGGGCUGGACAAAUCUCUGGAAAUGUUGUGUGCAUAUAUUUUUUCUGAAAUUUGAAAAGGAGGUGUUAAGACAUGAUAUGUCAUUGCAUAUCAUUCUGUUAAGAGUAAAGGUGCAAACGGCACUCUGUAUGACGGGCUGUUUAGUGCUUUGAUGGUUUUUAGUGAGACACUAACCCAUUCAGUAAUAUAUUCCACUCAUUUAUAGCAAGAUGUUGGCAGAUUAAAUAAGGGGAAGAGUCAGAAUGUUAAAGGUUUAGUGCAACUGUAGGUUUCUUUUAAGGGGAUUUACUGUAGUUUCUAGUAUGUAUCUAUGGAAUGAUUUUAGCAGGUUUGAAGUGAUGGUAGAGGCGUUUUAAAUUUGAAAACUUGUCCCUUUGUUUUAUGUAGCAUUAUUAUAAAUUAUCAACCGAUAUAAAAGAAAUGAACUGAAACAAAGCACCAAAAGUCCACAGAAUACCUUGCAGUUUUUUGGCUAUUUGGUUAAAUUCUUUGAUUUAUUUGACCAGAGAAGAUUUUUUUUUAUACUGUUUACACAACUCUUGCCUUUAGCUUAGCUACAAUUGUUACUUGUAGUAUUAACAUUUGUUUUCCCCUAAGCCAGUUUUUAUUUUAAAAUGGAGUUGUCUGUUCUGCUCGUGUUGAAGCUCUUCUAUAAAAGAAUACCCUUGGUGCUCUUAAAUGUCAUGAUCCAUUUUUUUUGGGGGGGGGGGGUAUUUGCGUUAUGGACUAUUGUAUCGUCCUUUGUGAAACAAUGAUGCCAAUGUUUGGGACUGUAAGUCAGUUUACUGUAAGAUGAAGAAAUAGAUUUGUUCUCACAUUUUAGUCAGAAUUCUAUGCAUCACAAUAUGGGUUUUACUGUAUUAUUAUUAUUAUUAUUAUGUCCAGGAAGGAUAAAUCAUAGCUAUUUAACAACUGUUUACCUAGACUGAAUCUGCUAGCAAAGUAAUGAUUCUGUAUUUUUGAUGUAAGAAUGUUCGUUAUGCAAAAACUAACAGAUAAUUGCUACCCUCCUGGAAUUAAAUGAAUUGAAUGUACUUUUGUAAAACAUGUAACCGUAGAGAUUUAAAGUACAAUGCUUUAUAUUUCUUCAGACACUGAGUAAACACACACUGCUUGCAGUGUCUUAGCAUUAGGGGCCAAUUCAUUUUUGGGAAAUGCAAGAAAAUGACUUUAGUGGUGCUCCUGUUACAGUCAGCAGUAAUUGCUGUAAUUACUGACAGCAUUCACAGAACUUACCUUACUUAUUACUCAUUCUAGUGUAAAUCAUUCUUUAUGAAGAAAAAUAAACUCCUGACCAUGUUACUGUGAAGGAUUUUUGUCCACAAAUGCUGAUACUGUCAUUUUCAAUGUUAAGACAAUGUCCACUGUCUUUUUGGCCAAAGGUCAAAAUACAAUAAAGCUGAAAUAUUUAUGUAAUAUGCUUAUUGAUACAACGUUUGUAGUUGAAAGUCUGGCACAAAAUGUAGUCAAUAUGAAGUUUGGUAGUUCACAAUUGUUUCACCACCAUGGUUAACUUUUUUCCAUCCCAUUGUCUGUUGUAUCCAUUUUGCCUAACAUACACGUAUCUGACUGUAGUAGCAAUGUAAACCCCUAAUAAACAGUU